AUGUCUCCGAUCCAGGGCGACUACGUAGACUAUUUUAAUGACGAUAUUACGCAUGGGCACUAUUGGUUCAACAAGAUGCCUCUCUGGAUCUCAGCACGACGACUUGGAAGACCGGCAACCCGAUGGUCAGACUUCUUCACGAAGUCCUUCAAAGAAAAUUAUGGUGCUCUUCGUGUCCCACGCGAAAGGAGAAACCUCUGGGCUACUCUGGCACGCGCUCGGGAGAAAUGGAAGAAUAACUGGCGCCCGCUCGACCAGUUCGAAGAUCAGCGGGAGUCAAGAUGGAAAGAUAUUCGAAGUUUCGCCCCUCUGCAAUUAAACAUCACUGAAGCCGCUGCGUGUACCAAAGAAAGUAAAGGCGAUAUUAGAUGUACUACUGGACGACAGCCGUCACGCUGGUCAAAUUCAUCCGUAAAGUCCUUCAAAGUAAGGGUUGAUCCUCCUCGUGUCCCACGUGAAACCCCUCAUUGUGCAGCCCUGCAUGCACGACGAUCUUCCGACUGUACAAACUUUGAAUGUCCAAACCUCGUUCAUAAACUCCAUAAGCAGCUUUGUGCGCUUAUCUACAUGUACAUGAGAGUGCAAAAUUGUUUAGAAAAUGAUAGAAACCUCGGAUGA